AUGGCGAGUGGCGGCGGCGGCGGCGGGGGUACCGGGCCGGGGGCCGGAGCCGGGGGCCGAGGGAUGAGCGGCGCCCGUUGGGGCCGCACGGGUCCCACCGCGCAGGAGAAGCUGCCCGUGCACGUGGAGGAUGCCCUCUCCUAUCUGGAUCAGGUGAAGAUCCGAUUUGGGAGUGACCCUGCCACCUACAAUGGCUUCCUGGAGAUCAUGAAGGAGUUCAAGAGCCAAAGCAUUGAUACUCCUGGCGUCAUCAGGCGAGUGUCUCAGCUUUUCCAUGAACACCCUGACCUCAUUGUUGGAUUCAACGCUUUUCUUCCUCUGGGAUACAGGAUAGAAAUCCCAAAGAAUGGCAAAUUAAGCAUUCAGGCCCCGUUGACAAGUCAGGAGAAUUCCCACCAUCGCAAUGACUCUGCAGAUGACUAUAAGCAGCAGCUGCCAUAUAAGGAAGACAGACAUCAGGGACCCUUGGAAUCUGAUUCUGUGGAAUUCAACAAUGCUAUAAGCUAUGUGAAUAAGAUCAAAACCCGUUUUCUUGACCACCCAGAAAUCUACAGAUCAUUCUUAGAGAUAUUACAUACUUACCAGAAGGAGCAGCUGAACACUAAAGGACGCCCUUUCCGGGGCAUGUCAGAGGAGGAAGUCUUUACUGAGGUAGCUAAUCUCUUCAGGGGACAGGAGGAUCUACUCUCUGAGUUUGGACAGUUCCUUCCAGAAGCCAAAAGAUCUUUGUUCACAGGAAAUGGACCGUGUGAAAUGAAUAGUGUUCAGAAAAGUGAUCAUGAAAAGAGUCUGGAACACAGCAAAAAACGGUCUAGGCCUCUGCUCCUUCGUCCUGUCACUGGCCCAGCCAAGAAGAAAAUGAAAUUGAGAGGGACCAAAGAUCUGUCUGUUGCAGCUGUGGGAAAAUAUGGAACGUUGCAAGAAUUCUCUUUCUUUGACAAGGUACGCCGGGUACUAAAAAGUCAAGAAGUCUAUGAAAAUUUCCUUCGCUGCAUUGCUCUUUUCAAUCAGGAGUUGGUGUCCGGCUCAGAGCUCCUACAACUGGUCACCCCUUUCUUAGGAAAAUUUCCAGAACUCUUCGCCCAAUUCAAGUCCUUCUUGGGAGUAAAAGAGCUUUCGUUUGCACCACCAAUGAGUGAUCGAUCUGGGGAUGGAAUUGGUCGGGAAAUUGACUACGCAUCUUGCAAGCGCAUAGGAUCUAGUUACCGGGCACUCCCCAAAACUUACCAACAGCCAAAGUGCAGUGGCAGGACAGCCAUAUGCAAGGAGGUUUUAAAUGAUACCUGGGUGUCCUUUCCAUCCUGGUCUGAAGACUCUACAUUUGUCAGUUCAAAAAAAACUCCAUAUGAAGAGCAGCUGCAUCGCUGUGAGGAUGAACGGUUUGAGUUAGAUGUUGUCUUGGAGACGAACCUUGCCACUAUCCGGGUUUUGGAGAGUGUGCAGAAAAAACUCUCCAGAAUGUCUCCAGAAGAUCAGGAAAAAUUCCGAUUAGAUGACUGCCUGGGAGGGACAUCAGAAGUCAUCCAGCGGCGAGCAAUCUACCGAAUUUAUGGCGAUAAAGCCCCAGAAAUUAUUGAAAGUCUGAAGAAAAAUCCAGUGACUGCUGUUCCUGUAGUACUAAAAAGGCUAAAAGCUAAAGAGGAAGAAUGGAGAGAAGCUCAACAAGGUUUCAAUAAAAUUUGGCGGGAGCAAUAUGAGAAGGCUUAUUUAAAAUCUCUUGACCAUCAGGCUGUUAAUUUUAAGCAAAAUGAUACUAAAGCCCUUCGAUCAAAAAGUUUGCUGAAUGAAAUUGAAAGUGUUUACGAUGAGCAUCAGGAACAACAUUCAGAGGGCCGUAAUGCCCCGACUAACGAGCCCCACCUCAUUUUUGUGUAUGAAGACAAGCAGAUCCUGGAGGAUGCAGCCUCACUCAUCAGCUACUAUGUGAAGAGGCAGCCAACAAUCCAGAAGGAGGAUCAGGGCACUAUCCAGCAGAUAGUCCACCACUUUGUGCCCAGCUUAUUCUUUUCCCAACUCUCAGAUCUUGGUAUUUCUGAAGAGUCAACAGAUGAAGACCGAGAACACAGUCAGGGACAGAAUGUGGACAAUGCUGAGCUCUGGAAGAAAUCCUCUUCUCUGCCACAGAGCAGCCCCCUGGAUGAAAAGGGCGGUUUGUGUACAGCGGCAGUGGCGGCUCCCGAGCAGCCUGGGGCUCUGGACGAUGUUUACAGCCUCUUCUUUGCCAAUAACAACUGGUAUUUCUUCUUGCGCCUUCACCAGACUUUGUGUUCAAGACUUUUAAAGAUUUACCGGCAGGCCCAGAAGCAGCUCUUAGAAUAUCGGACUGAGAAGGAGAGAGAGAAACUCCUCUGUGAAGGAAGGAAGGAGAAAUCCAACGACCCUGCGAUGGAGCUGCGCCUGAAGCAGCCAAGUGAGGUGGAACUGGAAGAGUAUUACCCAGCAUUUUUGGACAUGGUAAGGAGUUUACUAGAGGGCAACAUUGAUCCCACGCAGUAUGAGGAUACUCUUCGGGAGAUGUUUACCAUUCAUGCCUAUAUCGGCUUCACUAUGGAUAAGCUGGUCCAGAACAUCGUGCGGCAGCUUCAUCACUUGGUGAGUGAUGACAUUUGUCUAAAAGUCGUGGAACUCUACCUCAACGAGAAGAAGCGAGGGGCGGCGGGAGGAAACUUGUCCUCACGCUGUGUCCGUGCAGCCAAGGAGACGAGUUACCAGUGGAAGGCAGAGAGGUGCAUGGCUGAUGAGAACUGCUUCAAGGUGAUGUUUCUUCAGAGGAAAGGGCAGGUGAUAAUGACCAUUGAGUUGCUGGACACAGAAGAGGCCCAGACAGAAGAUCCUGUGGAAGUCCAGCACUUAGCCAAUUACAUGGAGCAGUACGUGGGCACAGAGGGAGCAUCGAAUCCACCAAAUGAUGGCUUCCUUUUGAAACCUGUUUUUCUGCAAAGAAAUCUCAAGAAGUUCCGUCAGUGGCAAAGCAAGCAGGUCCGAGCUCUCCGCAGUGAGGUGAAGAGCUCCUGGAAGAGACUUGUUGGCGUGGAGAGCGCCUGCAAUGUUGACUGCCGUUUCAAGCUCACCACCCACAAGAUGGUGUUCAUCAUGAACUCAGAGGAUUACAUGUACCGCCGAGGGACGCUCUGCCGGGCUCAGCAGGUGCAGCCUGUCGUCCUGUUGAAGCACCACCAGCAGUUUGAAGAGUGGCACAGCCGCUGGCUGGAGGACAAUGUCACGUCCGAGGCCGCGGAGCUGGUCCAGGACUGGCUGAUGGGUGAGGAGGAUGAAGACAUGGUGCCGUGCAAGACAACCUGUGAGACGGUGACCAUUCACGGCCUCCCCGUAACUCGGUACCGGGUGCAGUACAGCCGCCGCCCUGCUUCUCCCUGACUGCUCCGCAAAGGGAAGAUAGGAGCUCUCCCGACACUUGGACUCUUGAAAAGAGUGAUGGGAAUGCAGUGUGUGUAUUAAUGAUAUUUAUCAUAAUGGCAUUUUACUCAAGAUUGGUUAUUAUGUAUUUUCAUAUGGAACAUAUUUGUCUCCUUGCAGUAUCACUCUGUGUUUUCAUGACUGGAUCUAAAAUGAUCAUACUGGAGAUUCUUUGGGAUUCAGUUCUUCAGUCUCAGUUUCAUCCAAAAUUGACAGUAGGAGACAUUGUACAGCUUUGAAGCUUAUCUGGCCCACUGGGUGCCAGAAAAAGUAAGGUUGAAUCAUUAUCUUCUUCCAGUUGGGCUGGACUAGCCAUGAGGCAUCCAUGGAGAUUUCUGCUUUCCUCCUUCUAAACCACCUGGCAGACUAGACUGUUUCCUGUGCCAACCUGCAUAGCUUCCCCAGUUGAGAUCUCUGAUUGGACAAGCACCCAUCCCCUGAUCACUGAUGGGAAGGAGCAAAACUUAGGUGGUUGAUAAACACAUUUGCAGCUUUUGCUUCUUUAUUGGAGGUGCCAAAUCUCAAGAGAAUAUCUUAAGAAGGGGCCUGUAAUGCCUGAGCAUUUAGAGACCUGGAACUUUAUGGAACACUCAGCCUUGGAGAUGGCCAAAUUUGUUGAUUGACUAAAUGGUACUGGCCAUGCUAAGCAUUGUUUAGAGACCCUUAGGGUCACUGGAUAAGAAAUCCUUUCUGUGUAGCAGGACCUGCACUUGAUCUAUUUAGUGCCAUCUCAGAUGGACCCCCAUUGUUUAUUCCUCCGGGGAUUGCAAUCACAGAAGCAUUGCCCAGAAAAGUCUCUGAAAUCUUGGAUUUGGCUUACUGGUUUUUAUAAAGCUCCAUCUGGUCACCAUCUAGUCCCCAGAGGCAUUCUAUCACUUGGAAAGUGAGAGAAGUCUCUUUCAGUUAAACUGAUUGACUAUGGGAUCAAGGAUGAGUUAUAGUUGAAACCUGUGGAGUCCCAUUUGUUACUGUUUUCCUGGACCAAGUGGCAGAUGCCGGCUUUGGCCCUAGAAGGUGAAAGGCCAGGCCUGUUGACCAACAUGCUGCCAUUAAAAGCUAAAUUUAAAACCCUUGGAGAGGAGGAAAGAAGAAGUGCAAGGGGUGUGGAGCCCCUGCCCCUCCUCCACAAUGUUGGGGAGGCUUUUCUGGGAAUGCAGUCAUAUAUAUAAGCAAAGCUAAAGAAAUGUUUAUUUAUUAUUUUGUGCUGUUAUUUUAUGGUUGUAACUUCUACAAAAUCAGGAUAAGAAUCCUCCCUGAAGGACGGAUAUUGCAUUUUUACUUCUGUGUCCGUUAGCUCUCAUUCCAGGGCCAGGUGACAGUGAUCUAUAAGAUGCAGCAACAUGAGGUGAAGUCCCUGCUCUGGUCUGGUCUUAGGCUUCCCUCUCUGCUCUGAGAAGAGUGCACUGAUGGAGAAGGCUGGUCCUUGUGCAUUGGCAGCAGGAUUCCCACGCCUGAGUGUGGGAGCAUGGACUGCAGUGUGCUUGCUCAAUCAAGGCCUACGUCUGGGCAGGCCCUGGGCUUGUAGUGAGUCAUGAACAGAAAGUAAUCAGCAGGUGCUGGUUGGCGGAGUGACGGGCACUUCUUGGUCAGCACACAGAUGCACCUCAGUCUAGUUCCUCGGUUUUCUGUGCUCCCUGUUGCAGGGACAGCCAAUUGUGCCAAACUUUAUUAGGAUUUUCAAAUACAGAUAAGUGUUGGUUAGCGAUCUUCUAGGUUGCGACUCUUGGCUUCAGAUGCCUUUAAUUCUAGGCCCCUAGCGCCAUGGAGGCCGCUGCAUCCACGCACACUGCCCAGUCUUCUGCCACUGUCUUUUUAAGUAAACUUCAUAUCUUUGGAGGCAUCCUUCUUUUCUAAGAAACUUAUUUAUAAUCCAUACUCAAGACGUUCCCUCCGCCCCUCAGUGGCCAUUAGUCCUUUGGAACACCUGUUUUCAGGUGCUUCUCAGAAAGUCGUGGCCACCAGAAAUGGGGAGGCUCGGGGUGUGGGCCCAAAGGCAGGCAUGGCCUCCCGUGGCCUUAGUACCCGUAUCUGCUUGCAUCUUUGCUUUGGGCCUUGUGCUUCCUUUCCGUUGUUUUGAAUGUAGUUUCCUUUUAUAUUUAUUUGCACAUUAAAGUAAAAAAAAAAAAUAAAACAUGGAUGAAAGGUCAGAUGCUCUACCAGUUGUUUUUCAUAAGUAAAUGUAGUGCCAAUGAAGCAGUUGUUGUGGAAGCUCAUGCUCAGAUCUGCUCCGGAGGUCAGGCCGAGGUGGCCAGUGCUCUUCAGCCAGGCACUGCCCUGGGCGAUGGAGGCAUCAGCUGGGAGGGCCUGCGAUUGGGAGCCAGGAGGCCUGGGCCAUUGUCUUAGCCCAUGUUUCUAUGGAGACCUCAGUUUUCUAAUCUGUAAAAUUGAUUGGUUGGACAAAGUGAUCGCUAGACUUCUUCAGCUUUGAUGUUCUGUGUUCUAGGUUGCUUUCCUUUUCUGCUGUUCAAUGUUCUGAGAUCCUUUGGAACUCAGACACAGAUUCUUCAGCCCCUUCCUAGACUUAUGUUCUGUCUGUUCCCUAGUUCUAACAUCCUGUGUUCUAAAAACUAUUCUUUAGAGAAAAAUAUUGGGAGUUAUUCUGAAUCUAGAACAGUCUCCUUUCAAGCCAUUGUUACCGAAGAUGUAGUCCGAUAUUAUUUUUUCAAUGAUAUCUCAUUGAUUAUAAUGAAUAGAAUCUAUAUAAAUUUAUAUUUGUUUGUUUUGUGACACUUUUUCUCAAAAGACUUAAUUUUACUUUUAAUGUCAUCAUCAAUACAAUCCAUCAAUACAAUCCAAACUACUUUGGAAAUUUGAUUUUUUGCGUAUUUAUUUUCAAGGCUACAUAUAUGGCUUAGGUAUAUGGAUUGACUUUUCUUGAGAUAAGGUCAAGACAUCUGAUGGGACAAGAAGUAAUAGUUUCAAACAACUCCCUCUUGGGAUUGAAGAGUCUCUUACAUAAUCUAGCCUUUUCUUAAUCAUCAUCUGGGUACCUGUGCCAGCUUGGACCCUGUUAAACACCCCUUUUCCCUUGAUAUCUUUUCUCUCUAUCCUCAGGACACUUUCUCCUGACUACUGCUUCUGAGGUUCCCUUGGUGUACCUCUUCUUUCUUUUCUUAUUCUUUAAUUGUGAACCUCAGAGUUCAUCCUUUUUCCUUUUCUCUUUAUACUGCUUCGUACUCUUCAUUCACUUAAAUGAUGACUUCUGUGUCAGGUCACUUUUUUAUCUCCCAAUAGUCCCAUUGGGCUCAUCCAUCAGGAGCUCAAUCAAUCUCAGCAUGUCUAGAACUGAACUUAUCUUCCUAUAUAAAAGCCAUGUUCCUCUUUUCCUGGUUUUCCUAUUGCUGAUAUGGGAGCCAACACCCUCCCAUUCAUAUAAGCACCAAAUAGAACUCCAUAUGCAAGAUUUGCUGAGUCUGGCCGCCUCUUCCCUAGUUCUGAUUCUUGAAAGUAUCUGGCCUGGAUUAUUGCAGUAGCCUCUUUUGCUUGCACUCUUUAGUCUUUGUCUCAAAGCAUCUUUAAGUAAUGAAAAUUCUUUAAAUAAACCUAACCUUAAAGAUAAAAUAAGUAAAUAUUAAAACUAUAGUUUGUUUAAAAUAUACAUAUAUUGUAUGUAUGCAUAUGUGUAUAUACAUAUAUAUGUGUGUAUGUAAAUAUGUAUGUUGCCUAUGUGUCCCUCUUUCUAUUCAUUUUCUAAUCUGUGGACUUAAAAUAUCCUGUUGCUGUUAUUUUUUCUCCUGAACAUGUUUUACCUUCCUAAUGGGCAGACUAAAUCAUGUCUGUCUUUCUUCAUAUACUAUCAAUAGCUCCCCAUUCCUUUCAAGUCAACCUCUCCAAUUCCCUAUCCUCUGAACAAUAUCCUUACUUAUCCUCAGAAUUCUCUCCCUCCUUGAAGUCCUACCUCUCUCUUCAAGGCCAAGGUCAGUCAUUACUUUCAUCAAGCCUUGCCUGAUCAGAGCCUAAGUGGAAAAAGUCAGUCCUUUCUCAGGGUCCCCACAGCAUCAUGUUUAUGCCUCACCUUUUAUUCUGUACUGGGGGUAAGAGUUCUUCCCCUCUUAGACCCUGAGCUCCACAAGGAGCUGCUGUCUUAUUGUAACCCUGAUGUCUCCUCAGCCUCCUGCAUAGGCAGUUAAUGAAUAGUUGUUGAUCAAUACAGCCCACAGUAACUAAAGAGUAAUGAGAGAUCCAGAUGCUGUAGAAGCCAGGUAAUGAGAGAGAUCCAGAUGCUAGAGGAGCCAGGUAAUGAGAGAGAGAUGGAUGCUGUAGGAGCUAGGUAAUGAGAGAGAGAUGGAUGCUGUAGGAGCCAGGUUAUAUGAGAGAAAUGGAUGCUAGAAGAGCUAGGUAAUGAGAUACAGAUGCUAGAGGAGCCAGGUAAUGAGAGAUACAACUCUUGUAGGAGCCAGGUUAUGAGAAAGAUACAGAUACUGUAGGAGCCAGGUUAAGAGAGAGCUAUGGAUGCUAGAGGAGCCAGGUAAUGAGAGAGAGACAUGGGUGCUGUAGGAGGAGCCAGGUAAUGAGAAAGAGAUGGAUGCUAUAGGAACCAGGUAAUGAGAGAGAGAUGGAUGCUGUAGGAGCCAAGUUAUGAGAGAGAAAUGGAUGCUAGAGGAGCCAGGUAAUGAGAGAGAGAUGGAUGCUGUAGGAGUCAGGUAAUAAGAUAAUAGAUGCUAGAGGAGCCAGGGCCAGAAGUAAAGAAGCUCGGAUGUAAUUAGGAGGAUAACAGAGGUGAUCUCUACCCCUCAGAGAAAAGAAGGGAAGUUCUAUCUUAAGUCAGAUUCCUCAAACUCGGAUCCGGAGCCCUGGCCCUCCCACACGCCCUCUCCCUGUUUUUGAAGGCCUUGGAAAACAGGGGCACUCCUGCAGAUGGCUUACAACUUCUCCAGGGUCAAGGUUGGCUCGUCCAGCCUGUACCUGAACAAGAAUCUCUUAUUCUACCUCUUCUGCAAAUGGUCAUCUACCUUUAACAUCUUCCAGUGAGAGGCAGGCAGCUCAUUCCGCUUUUGGGCAGCUCCAAUUGUUAACAAGUUUAUCUGAUAAUUAGUUAAGCCUCAAUUGGACUCUUUGCGAUUCACCUGUGGGCCACUAGGUGAUGCGAGGAGGGGUGGGGAGGUAAAGUGCUGGGCUUGGAAUGGGGACCACUUCUCUUCCUGAAUUGGGAUCUGUCUGGGUCACAAGCUGUGUGACUUUGGGCAAGGCGCUCCACCCUGUGGGCCUCAGCUGCUCAAUUGUAAAAUGGGCUGGAAAAGGAAAAAUCAAACCACUCCAGUGUCUUUGCCAAGAAGACCCCAGAUAGGGUCAUGAAGAGUUGGACCCUGAAGUGGAGCGGCAGCAUUGAUGGUUUAUCUGAUGCGUAGUUCUACGGUUUCCAUUCUAUCCAGGACAGGUAGAACACGUGUGACCCUGGAGUCCGAUGGCCAUGUGGGCUCCAUAAAAAAUACAGAGAAAGGCAGCUGGCCCUGCCCAGGGGAGCACUCUGGCGGGACCAGCAAGCAAGGAGCCAGGCUUAGGUUGUCAGACACAUCUGUAGUUCUUGAGGUGGAGAUGUCCUAUCAGGAAAGGGCCCGUGCCGGCUACGGUUUGGGCAUUGCCGAGUUUGUUGAUUGAACAAAUUGUAUAGGCUCUGCCAAGCAUUUGUUAGGGAAAUAAAUUAGAGUUUAUGCAGUGCUACAUAUACUGGCUCAGCUCCACCAGUCCUCAUUGCCAGGCAAAUGUCAGAUUAUGCAAGCAGUCUUCAUCGCUAUGUCUGCAGUGGGUCCCGCUGCCCUUGCUGACUUGAUUGAUGUUCAGGCCUGGGGUCUGCUUGCAGGAGACUUUUCUUUUUAUUGAAACAAGCCCUCCAGUGAGACAGAUGGUCUGCGUACACUCCAUGGGCAAAGAAGUUUUCAUCUUUGUGAUCUGAUGCAUAAGUUCAACUAUCUAUGAGAGCCCACAAGGAUUAUGGAGAUUCACCUUAAAAUUUUGCAAAACAAGGUCCCCCCCUUCAGGCUCCUGUCCUAGGAUGAUACAUGGACCACACAGGAUCCCUUCUCUUCAUCUUAAAAAAAAAAGACAUAGCCCACUCCCAUCCAAGUACUUGCAAGCACAUCUUGCACCUUUACCACUCUGGCUUUGUCUAUUUGCAAAAUGCAGUCCCCAUGUGUUCAGUUCUUAGGGUACAGUCUAACUUGCCCACUGACUGUCCACAUGAAGGACAGAUCUUAAGAGUGGCCCCACGUGAUCUAAGUCACUCAUUCUUUGAAUACCAGAUGCUAAGCAGCUGCUGCCAGGAGUGGUAGAUUGCUGAACUCAGCCCACCUAAGUAGUAGUGGCAGGGAAGGAAGAUAGGGACAUUACUAUUUAAGUACUGGUGAAUCUCUUCAGUCAGUGAGGAAUUGUGAUUAUGUCAUGAAGUGUCAACUUUAAGAUCCCAGAGAUUGAAUCAUUAGUUAUUUCAUGUUGUGUACAUAUAUUUAAAUAUCAGUUCUCAUAUCUGUCUUGAUGGUUCCCACUCCGAUCUCUGGACUGGCCCAAACCAGCAUGUUGAUGGAAGAGACCACCAGUUGUCAAUAGGUACUCUGUUGGAAAGAAUAACUUCAAGAGAGUUAUGAGGGUUCUCCAUUUCAGUGAAUUUCAUUGUAUUACAGAUGGGUAUCUAGAUUAUUCACACUUGUCACCUAGUUUGCUAGUCCAUGACCAUGAUGGAUACAUCAACCACAGAAACCAAUCACAGAAAAUAAUCAUAAAUUUUAUGUGACCAUCUCUUUGGUUGGCAGUCUCCUCUAAGGACAAUCCAUCAUUACUGUUGCUUAGGAUCAGUUUUAAUCCCAAUGAGAUGCCCUCAGAAUCACCAAACUCCACAUAAGUCCAUCAAUUUCAUAUUUAGCUAUCAUAACUUGAAAGAAUUACAAUUGAGAAAGCAAAGUCUGGAAAGUGGAGCAAACCCUGAGAAAAUGUGAUAUUUGUUUGCUAAGUUAUCUUUAGCAGUAUUUAGAUACCAUUUCAUUUAUUAUAUAAAGAGAAAAUUCGUGUCCUCCAUAAUAAAAUGCUUAAGAUUGAAAUUUAUUCAGCAUCCCAGGCCUAAGAAAAAAUCCUCUGGAACUUUAUAAUAUUUAUAAAUAAUAUAAAAUUGAUUUCCUAAUUUCCAAAUUAAUUCAAUGGACUAUUGUAUUCUAAUAAGACUAUUCAAAUAAAUGCUCAUAGCUUAGCACAUUGGCUGGGACUUGAUAGAAAUGCUUGCUGACUCAUUCCAUUUUUAUCCUCUUUUUUACUUCAAUGCAACCCCGCUGAGGUUUCGUAAAGCUUUUUUCCUUUUGUCACUGAAACUCACUUUCUUACUCUUUUAUUUAAUUUUGAAGACUUACUGCAAUUGUUUGGUUUUCAAACCAAAUUAAACCCCAUGUAAAUAGACAUAAAUUUGUCCUCAUGACACAGAUAAGAAAAGAGAUUUAAUGACUCAAAAGCAUUUUUUCCAGGUCAAGUCUACUUCAAUUACUUAUGUCUCUAAGAAAUUCAUAUAUCAUUGGAAAAUAUUCCCAUCAUUUGGAAAAGUUUUACUUUCUUGGAGAUAGCAUCUCGAUAAUUCUGUUGCAAAGUUAAAAAAAACAAACAAAAAUCUUUCAAUCUGGUCUUAAAAGUUUAGCAUUAUAAAGGGGAAAAUUCCUGUCUUUUAGGAUACAUCUUGUGCAUCCUUUAACUUUAAUGCAUAUCUAGUUUGGCUCCUUCCUACCUGGUGUAUUGCCCUUUGCAAACUUAGAGCAUUGAGAAAUACUGCUCCCUGGUGGCUGAGGCAGCUUGGGGAGUCCCAAUUUAACAUUCUUAACCAUCGCCCAUGCUUUCCCAAGGUGUGUGUGUGUGUGUGUGUGUGUGUGUGUGUCAGUGUAAAUGCCAACACUUUUAUUUUUAAUCAAGUAUUUCUUUGAAAUCUCAUGACAUCCAUGAUGGACAGAAAUAAGACAUUGGGCAUGAACUGAGAAAAUACAUGACAUGCAGAAAGUCAAUCAGUACUUUAGUCUAGCAAGAUGACCACAAACUGACGAAAUGCCUUUAAAACUUCUUUAUUCCUCCUAAGGUGAUCGUAAUAAUGCUGCAUUUGAUUGUAUCCUGUCCAGUCCUGAACCUCUCCUCAGUCCCCUUAUCUUUGGUCUCAUACCUGUCUGUCUGCCCUGUUCUUCCAUUAGUGAUUUGCUUCUGAGAGGCUUCCUUUUUUGGUGAUGAGCCCAGACUGGCCAUACUCCACACCUCUCCUGGCACCAAGACUCAGCUUCCUUUUUUCAUCCUGAAGACUCCCUCUCUCAGACCAGGUCCCUUCUCUGAUUGCUAGGGCUGGUCAUGCUCCUGACUUGCAGUCCUUUGCCAUCAGGUACCUUCUCUUCUACCUUUUGCUUUUCAACUCCCUUUGGUGUGAUAUUUUUCUCCAUUAUAAUUAUAAUGUGAGAUCUUUGAGGGCAGGGACUUUCUUUUUGAUCAUAUUUGCAUUCCUAACCCUUAGCAUCAUUCCUUACAUACACUAGUAAGUAUACAUGUAGUAAGACAUUAUAAUAUAUUGGCUUAUUGCCUAGUUGUCUGUUCCCCAGGAACGAUUUUUUUCUCCCCUCUUAUUUCUUCAUUCUUGGUUUUCCCCCUGCAGGACAAGUAAGUGUUAUCCUAAGAUCUUUAUAUCUGUCUUGUCUGGACAACACUAAUCUGUCUCCUGUCUCUACCCCUAAUUUCUUUUUUUCCUGCUUAAUAAUCAGGCAGGGAAAUCCAACUCAGUGAUAUAUCACCUAAGCUAAGAUCAUAAAAUUAAAGCUAGAAAAAAAGCUUCUUUGCAACUCUCGUUUCUUCUUGAAUCUUGAUAAAUUUCCCAUAAUGCUUGGUGUCCAUCUUAUAACAGCAGCUGUUUGUUACUUGAUAUUGUAAAUUUUGCCCACAGAUUCUGAUUGAACCUUUGUUGUUCUUGUUUCUUGCUCACUGUAAUUUAUCUAGUUCCUCAGGAAAACUGUUACAAUAGGAAAAACACCAAUUUUGGAGUCAGAUGACCUAGAUCCACAUGCUGCUUCUGAUAUUUAACACCUGUGUGACUUUGGCAAGUCACUUAACUUUUCUUUAUAUUUAAGAUGAGGUGUUAGAGUAGAUGGCCUCUAAGGUCCCUUCCAUCUCUAGAUCAAAGAUAGCGAUGAUUUAGCUUCCAUCCUUCUGCUCUUCCAUGUUCCAUCACUUACACAUAUCUAGAAAUAUCCUUGGGGAACCCACUAGGCCCAAAUAACCUCCUAUAUACCUUUCUCAUCAUCCUAGUUGUAAAGAUCGCAUCAUUUAUCUUAUAGGUCUCGUAAUUCUCCUAUACUUACAGUUGGGAGCACAAUCUUCUCCUCUCUAGUAAAAGGAACUAUUUCAUGUAUUAAUUUACAGGGUAAAAUUGUGAUUCUCUAUUUUUCCCAUCAGGAAUUUCAGUUCCUUACUCUGGGAACAUUGUUAUUAUAAUUGAAGCGUUUUCUCAAGCAUCUUUAUUAUGGGGGUUCUAAUUUCUCACCAAGUUCCCAAAUCUGUACCAUCUGUUCCCAAAUGCUGGGAGUUUAAUCAUCCUGCUAGUUUUGCCAAAGAUGGUUGCUCCUAGACUCACCUUCAGAGAUACCAGUGUUCCAUGACAACCAUUCAGUACCACCAGAUGAAUUUUGCUUUUAAAGAAAAAAAAAUUGGUGGCCCUUGGUUUCAGGAAGAAAUUUGGAGUUAUUAAAAGAACUUUGUAAUUUUUCAAACGUGUCCCUCUGUCCCAUUUUCCUGUUCAAUUGUGAGCCCAAAUCAUUGUCCAUGCGCAGUGUCUGUCCAAGAUAUAACUACCAGUUAAUAUCAUUCAGCUAUGUAGUGUAGUCAGUACUUCAACUUGGUUUCUCCUGCAUGGAUAAUUAGACCAACUCUUUUGAGUGAUUAUGCAUGCCAUUGCAGGAUGAACUGUGAUUUUCCAGAGUCUGAUAACACUCAAUACAAAGUCGUCCAUAAAGAAAAAAACAUCUAGAAGACUUCACUCUUUGAUUUGGACUCUACGCUGGAUUUUCUCUGUGACAGUUGUGGAUGCUGGAGAACGCUUUCCCGUUUCAUGCCUUUUUUGAUACCAGUCAAGGAAGCUUGCAUAAUUUGAGAAUGUGAACUGGAGAUUCCUUUUUUGGAGGAGAAUCUUUGUGGUAUCUUUUUGUUGUAUUAAAGCAAAGGCUUUUUCAUAGUCAACAAACAAGCCCAGUGAGAACUUGCAUUUUCUUUGUGCAUGGGAUGUUUGGUUUUUGUCAAUGGUGUGAUGACAAAGGUGUGCUAUAUAAUGGAAUAUUUUGCUUGUGAAAGCCUGUCCAUUCUCUUUAUUGAGAAUAUCCUAACGUGUACAGGUUAUUCUAAUUAAAAAUGGCACAUAUAUUAGAUAUGUUGGGGUAUAGUCACUGAAAUUCUCUUGGUUUCCUUUGUGUGUGCAUAUGUAUGUUUGUAUGAAAAUAGGAUCCAAAGUUUUUUCCCAUACUUUUGAUAUCUCUCCCCCUUUUUUUUUUAAUACCUUGAGAAUCCUACAAUGUCUUCAAAAUUGUGUAACUUCCAAAAUAACUCUCCUCUCUAUACACAUAGGGUCCAAUCUAGUUCAGCUAUGACUCCCAUCUUUGUCCUCUUCAGGGACAUUUGUGCUUUAGCCAAAAGCCACAUCUGAGAUGGUGAUGUUAGGGUCCAAAUAUAAUGGCUCUACUGGCCUUGUUGGUGAAAGGACUGUGUUAUGAAAAUCUUCCUAAAGCAUUUCUGUUCUUUGUAUGUUAUACUUCGUCCAGUUUCAUCCUUAAGUACCCUUGGGAUGACUUUCACCAAGUCUUUUCACCAAGCUUUUUUAAAAAUCAGUUUUUCCUUUCACUGUUGGUUGCUGUUUUAUUAAGAAAUACAGGUUAUAACCUUCCACCAUUCUGCUGCAUAAGAAAUUACAAACAAAUUUAUUGAGUCUAAAGCAGUGUUGUAUUUGGCUGCCUUGUCUCAUUAUUUGACAAUUGAGUCAAGUACUUUGCUCAUCAAGGUGAUUUGGGGGGCUUCUCCUUAUGGCAGUUGAUUUUAUAUUGAUUGACUUUUGUAUGAAAUUGCAAUUAGUGUUGUUUUCCUUUUAUUCAUGAAUUAAAAAAAUUUCUGGCAUCAAUAACAUAACAAUUAGGUUGGAAUUGCUUUAACAAAUCUUUUUUUCAUUUUUAUUCUUAUAGGUUUAUACUAAUUUCUGUCAAGGUUACCACCAGCCUUCCAGUUAAGAAGGUUCACAGUUUUGUAGUCACAGAUGACUUCCCACUCAUUCCACAUUUUUGCCAAGUUUUUCUCAAUUCUGUCUUCAUUUCUUUAGUCUGAACUGUUCCAGCAAGCUCCCAACUGAUCAGACAACUUCAGCUAUUCCAUCACCAAUCUUCCACAUAGCUGCCAGUAGUAGUCAUGUAUAUGCUACUCUCCUGCUCAAUAAUAAUUGUUGUGGUUACCUAUUACUUCCAGGAUCAAAUACAAAUUCCUCUGUGUGAUAUUUAAAGCCCUUCUUGACCAAGAUCCAAUCAACUUAUUCCCCUUCAUGAAUUCCAUGGUACAGUCAAACUGGCCUUCGUAUUGUUCCUCACAGACUAUACGCUGUGUCCCAUUAACUGGUCUUUACACAGGCUGUCCUCCAUGCUUGGAAUGCACUCCCUUCUCAUUUUCCUGUUGGAACCCUUAGCUUCUUUCAAAGCUCAGCUCAGAUACUGCUUCAGGUAUGAGCCUCCUAGCUGCUAGUGCUCAUCAAUGACUUUGUACUUAGUUACAUGUAAUUUGCAUUUCAUUAUUUUGCACAUCCUUAUGUGCUUAGCUAAUUUUCUCUCUGGACAGAAUAUAAGCUGCUUGAGGAAAGGGACUGCUUCUAUCUUUGUCUUUGUGCAAGGCACUGGGGAUAGAUACAUAGUAGUAGACACUCAAUAAAAGCUUGUUGGUUGAUUGCUUGCUUAUUCUACCAAAUAGUUGGUCUGACAGAGAUUAUUCAGAAAUUCUCACCUCCCACUACCAUCAUUACCAAUGAGUCAUUUCUUGCCUGAGGAGACAAUCACAUUUGUGUUUUGUGAUGUUAAUCCAAUGUUUAUUUACUAUGUCUAGCACUUUUACUCAAAGACAGUAUUAAUAGAGACAUGAGAUUUUUGAGUAAUCUUGAGUCUGAAUGUUAUUUGUGAAUUACUCAUGAAUCACAUUUUUAAAAAACAUUUUUCAUCACCCUCAUCUAUUUCCACCUUUGCAUUGAAAUUGAUAUACAUAUUGAUUUAAUUUGGAAAUUUAUUGAGCUAUUUUUGGAGUUUUUCUACCUCUUCACACCCUGGAGCAGAUGGUAAUAAGUUCAAUGAUUUCCUGUGUGAUCUUCUUGGAAAUACAACGAGUACUGUGAUGCAAGAUAAAAAAUGUUUUGUGCCUUUUGGUUAUGAAAUAAAAUCAGCUGACUUCUUUAUUUUCCCUCUUCAAGAAGAACCCGAGUGCUAGUUUGAUUUCACUAGUUUCCUUUUGUCCUUUUAUUUAAAUUAUGGUGAGAAUGUCAAGAUGAUGGUGGGUUCAGCUCAUCUAGUGGUAGGUUUGUAUGUAUGGGCAUCUUUGGAUCUCACAGGACACAUUGCCAUUUACCAAGAGACUCAAUCUCUACCAAGAACCACCUCAAAUCUCAUGCUUACCUCAUUGAACUUUCCAACUGAUAAUUCUGUCUAGACAUACUUCUCAAUGAUCAGAAUGCUUCUGUCCUAUACUUGCUCCAUCCCAGUGAUGUGAACCUCUGGCUGCCAGUGUAUAACUCUUAUUCCUAAUCCUCGUUUCCUCACAUUUAUCUGCCUCAGCCCUACCCACUUGUGUCCUGCCCUUCCACUGUGCCCCCUGGAAUGCCUGCUCCACAGUGAACAAACCACCAUUUCUCAUUUUUGACAACAUCACUUUCCAUGUUCUUCGGCAUCCUUUCAGCACUGGCUACUUUUUCAUACUAAUUUCCCAAUUUGCCAGUCAUGGUGAGGUAUUGGAAUGCUUCUCAUUCCCCAUUGACAUCUCCUCUGAGAGAGGAGAGUGAGAUGCACAGGUUCACACUCUGUAAACAUAUCACCCAAAUUAAAUCCUGGUGUUAUCUUUAACUCCCCUUUAUCCACUUCUUCCUUCUUCCCUUGGACAUUGGACUUCCUCCAGUAAAUCUCCCAUAUUGAACCAGGUUCAUAGUCUUUGCCAUUCCACUUUUCCUUAAGUUUGACAACCUGUUCUUUGUCCUUACUGUGACCUCCCUUCCCUCUCCUGACCCACCUAAUUCUUUGUCCCGCAUCCUAGGUUCCCUCUCCCUUUGAGUGCUUUUGUCUUGUUCAUCAUGAUUUGCCUGUAUCUGCUUCAUUCACUUUUAUUCACGUGCUGCUGAAUGGGGAUUCAGACCAUCACAAACUGGUUCAAAUUUAUAUUAUCUGAUCUUAACUGGACCCUCAAUGCAAGGCCUCCAUUUACUCAUCCACUGGAGCAGCUGUUUCACAUUUUCUCCUUCUCCCCUGUCCUUCACAGUACCGUCUCCUUCCUUUUAAAAUGAGAUCCUUAAAAUUUGCUUACAUCACAUUACCCACCUGUCCACGCCUCCAUCGCAGUCCUGGCCCUCUGCACAAGCCCUUGAUCCCAGCCUCUCCCAAGCCCUCCAGCAACAUCCAAACAAACUCUGGUGUGCUUCUGGCUCACUUGUGCCAACUGCUGUCCCUGUCCUCCCUGUGCAGCUCGCUCUCUUCCCUCAGAGUCUCCGCCAUCUGCAUUCAGGGCUCCCCAUUUCUGCUCUUUCUGCACUCUGCCUUCAGACCUCAUCUUGAACUGAAAGUACUAAGUAGCUCCCUGGGCAUUGGGUCAGGAAAAUGCGAGUUCAAAUGUAGCCUGACAUUGACUCGCUGCAGUAUCCCAAGACAGUCAAAUUACCUCUGUGUGCUUUGGUUUCCUCAUCUGUAAAAUUGGGAUAAUAGCACCUGCUGCCCAGGAUAGUUGUGAGGAUCAAAUGAGAUCAUAUUGAAAAAGCAUUAUUAGCUCAGGAUCUGGCACAGAAGCUAUAUAAAUGUUAAUUAUUAACUAUUAAUGAUUUCUUGUUAGUCCUUGAUUCUCAAAGAGGACUAUCGGGGAGGGGAUGCCAUAAUAUGCAAGGGAGCUGGAUUGAGGGAGGGCUAUGUGCAAAGUCAUGUCCUCCAGAGCCAUCUGGGUCCAGGGACCAGUGAGAUCAGGAUGAUUGGAGAGGGCCCUGGAAAUGGCCUUUCCUUAAUCCUGAUUGCCCUUGACUUGUGCAUGACAUCUGGUACUGGCGAUCAUUUCCUUCUAAGCUCUCCUGACCUUUUAUCUUGGCUCCAUUCUUCGGUCUCACCCUUCUAAAUCCUCUUCAUCUAGGUCCUCUUUAUUGAGUCCGGGUAGUCCCACAAGGCUCUGUCCUGGGCCCUUUUUUUCCUCUCUCAGGAGGCAAUACCAUCCGCUCCCAGCGCUUCAGUUACUUCUGUGUAGGUGGUUCUCCGGUUUAGGGAUCAAUCCGUAGAGUGUCUGCUGAGCUGCUUUGACCUGAGGCAGCUACACACUCUAUGAUCCUGAGCAAGUCUCACUACCUCUCUGCCUGUUUCCUCAAAUGUAAAAUGGGGAUCAUAGUAGCACCUAUCUCAGGGUUGCUUCAAGGAUCAAGUAGAUAAUUGUACAAUGUACAAAAGAGUGCCUGGUGAUAAUAGGGACUUAAUAAAUUUCCUUCCCUUUUCCCUUUUCCUCUUGAACUGCCAUCCUGUAGGCAUCUCCAACUCAAGUCCAAAACAGAACUUAACAUCCCCCUCCCCAAGCUCUUUCCCUCUAUGAGCUUCCUUAUUACUGUUGAGAGAGGGUAUCAUCAACCUGGGGUCCUUGAUUCCUCUCACCUCUCAUAUCCAUCUCCUCCUCCCUAAUGAAGUCUGGACUGGGUGACUACAACCGCUUGGUUUCCCUCAUUUCUUUCCCUCUUAGCUGCCAACCUUGUUACCACAUAUGGGAUCUAAAACCCUGUUGGGCAUUUAAAGCUCUUCAUCCUGGGGCUCUUCCAACAUUUCCAGCCUUCUUACAUCUUACUCCCCUGACCCCUUUCUGUUCCUGGAACAUGACAUUUCACUUCCUACCUCUGUAGGAGUGCCCUCCUCCCUCCAUUUCCCUGGCUUCUUAAGACUCAGCUCCCCAUUCCACCUUUUGCAGGAGGCCAAAGCUGCUAAUGCAGAUUUCAGGUUACUCUUUCAGGUGACAUUCAUCUGCUCUGUAGAUAUCUUUGAUUGACUGAACCUGAUUUCAUAAUAGGCACUUAAGUUUAACUUAAUGGUUGAAUUUAAUGACUAUAUAAAAGAGAAAACAGGAAUUAAGAGGAAUAGGACCUCCACGGAGAGAAUCAAAGACCUUCCUCAGCAUUUCCUCUUCUAGCUAGUGACAGCAGCUAUUUGUCUCUCCAUUAGAAUGUGAGCUCUGUGACAGCAGGGAUUGCUUUUUGCCUUUAAAAAAAAUAUGUAUUCCAGCACUUAGCAAAGCACCUGGCAGGUCAAAAAUAUUUCAUCAAGGCUUGUGGACUGAUUAACUGGUCAUCAUCUCAUCUUUAGAGUGCCAUUAAUUAGGCUAAUGGGGGUUGUAAUGGUUGAUCUAAAUUAAAUGUUGAUUUUUUAAAGCAUCUUCAGUCCCAUUUCCAACCAUUUUGCCAUCAUCAUUGUAAGAACAAAAAGGUUCCAUCCACAACUGAAGUCAAUUUUAUAUUUUGCUUUGUUUCAUGAAUUGCUAUGAUGUUAUUAUCUUCUCCUCCUCCUGGAUGCACUCAAUUUCAAUCAUUCAAUAAAUAUUUAUUAAGUA